GUGUGGUGUGUGUGUGUGUGUGUGUGUGUGUGUGUGUGUGUGGGUGUAGGUGUAGGUGUGUCCUGUAGCUGGUGAUCAGGUGUCUUGAUAAGGGACAUUAAAGGUCUAAGUCUUCCUCUGGUCCUCCACUCCGUCCUGUGUUGUGACCCAGAUGUUUCCUCCAGGUUAAACUGUUGGUGUGGACUCUGCUAUGAGUCAGUGUAAGGACAGAGAGGAGGGACCCCCUCCCUCUAAACCCACUCUGUGGGGGGACCAUGACAGCCAGACCAAAGCUCAGAGGAUGCAGCAGCAGAAACCUGGACCUGGACCCAGUUGUGUGUCCAUGAAGAGUGACUGGUCUAUGGGUCUUCUUAUUGACUUUAAAGAUGGACAAGAUGCUGCUGGUGGGAGGAUGCAGCAGCAGAAACCUGGACCUGGACCCAGCUGUGUGUCCAUGAAGAGUGACCGGUCUAUGGGUCAUCUUAUUGACUUUAAAGAUGGACGAGCUGUUGAUGAAAGGAUGCAGCAGCAGAAACCUGGACCUGGACCCAGCUGUGUGUCUAUAAAGAGUGACCGGUCUAUAGGUCGUCUUAUUGACUUUAAAGAUGGACGAGCUGUUGAUGAAAGAGUUCACCAGGAGAGCUCAGAGGGCAUCGGUGGUCAGUCUGACCUGCAGCAGCAAACAGACCUGGACUCCAUAUUUAUGCUGCUGGAGGAGAACAUCGUCACUUUUAUAAAGAACGAGCUGAAGAAGAUUCAGAAGUCUCUGAGUCCAGAUUACCCAGAAUGCUUAGAGAGUAAGAGGGAGGAUGAGGAGGUUUUGGAGGGUGAGGAUAAAGAGCAGAGGAGGAGGAGCAGAGAAGCAUUUCUGAAGAUCACACUGCACUUCCUGAGGAGAAUGAAGCAGGAGGAGCUGGCUGACCGUCUGCAGAGCAGUUGUUCAGAAACCCGUGUUGCAGGAUGCCGCCCCAGACUCAUGUCCAACCUAGAGAAGAAAUUUCAGUGUUUCUUUGAGGGGAUUGCUAAAGCAGGAAACCCAACCCUUCUGCAUCAGAUGUUCACAGAGAUCUACCUCAUGGAGGGAGGGGCUGCAGGGGUCAUUGAAGAACAUGAGGUCAGACAGAUUGAAACAGCAUCCAGGAAACCAGACAGACCAGAAACAAUAAUCAGAUGUGAAGAAAUCUUUAAAGCCCCACCUGGAAGAGAUGAACCAAUCAGAACCGUGAUGACAAAGGGAGUGGCUGGCAUCGGGAAAACAGUCUUAACACAGAAGUUCACUCUGGACUGGGCUGAAGGCAAAGCCAACCAGGACAUCCAGUUCAUAUUCCCAUUCACCUACAGAGAGCUGAAUGUGCUGAAAGAGAGAAAGUUCAGCUUGGUGGAACUUGUUGAUCACUUCUUUAGUGAAACCAAAGAAGCAGGAAUCAGCAGGUUUGAAGAGGUCCAGGUGGUCUUCAUCUUUGACGGUCUGGAUGAGUGUCGACUUCCUCUGGACUUCCUCAACACUGAGAUCCUGACUGAUGUUACAGAGUCCACCUCAGUGGGUACGCUGCUGACAAACCUCAUCAGGGGGAAUCUGCUUCCCUCUGCUCGCCUCUGGAUAACCACACGACCUGCAGCAGCCAAUCAGAUCCCUGCUGAGUGUGUUGACAUGGUGACAGAGGUCAGAGGGUUCACUGACCCACAGAAGGAGGAUUAUUUCAGUAAGAGAUACAGAGACAAGAAGCAGGCCAGCAAAAUCAUCUCCCACAUCAAGACAUCAAGAAGCCUCCACAUCAUGUGUCACAUCCCAGUCUUCUGCUGGAUCACUGCUACAGUUCUGGAGAAGGUGUUGGAGACCCGAGAGGGAGGAGAGCUACCCAAGACCCUGACUGAGAUGUACAUCCACUUCCUGGUUGUUCAGUCCAAACUGAACGUUAAAUAUCAUGGGAAAUCUGAGAUAGAUCAACACUGGAGUCCAGAGACCAGGAAGAUGAUUGAGUCUCUGGGAAAACUGGCUUUUGAGCAGCUGCAGAAAGGCAACCUGAUCUUCUAUGAAUCAGACCUGACAGAGUGUGGCAUCGAUAUCAGAGCAGCAUCAGUGUGCUCAGGGGUGUUCACACAGAUCUUUAAAGAGGAGAGUGGACUGUACCAGGACAAGGUGUUCUGCUUCGUCCAUCUGAGUGUUCAGGAGUUCCUGGCUGCUCUUCAUGUCCAUCUGACCUUCACCAACUCUGGAGUCAACCUGCUGGCAGAAGAACAAACAACCUCCCAGCUGCCUGAAGUCUCCAGAGUCAAACCUAAAUUAAACCAUCUCCAUCAGAUUGCUGUGGACAAAGCUUUACAGAGUCCAAAUGGACACCUGGAUUUGUUCCUCCGCUUCCUCCUGGGUCUGUCACUGCAUACCAAUCAGAGACACCUUCAAGGUCUGAUGACACUGCCAAAUAGUAUCUCAAAGACCACAAAGGAAACCGUUGAGUACAUCAAGACGAAGAUCAGUGAGAAUCUGUCUGCAGAGAGAAGCAUCAAUCUGUUCCACUGUCUGAAUGAACUGAAUGAUGAUUCUCUAGUGAAAGUGAUCCAACAGUCCCUGAGUUCAGGACGUCUCUCCACAGAUCAACUGUCUCCUGUUCAGUGGUCAGCUCUGGUAUUCAUCUUACUGUCAUCAGAAGAAGAUCUGGAUGUGUUUGACCUGAAGAAAUACUCUGCUUCAGAAGAGGCUCUUCUGAGGCUGCUGCCGGUGGUAAAAACCUCCAAAAAAGCUCUGCUGAGUGGCUGUACAUUGUCAGAGAGAAGCUGUGAAGCUCUGUCCUCAGUUCUCAGCUCCCAGUCCUCUAGUCUGAGAGAGCUGGACCUGAGUAAGAACAACCUGCAGGAUUCAGGAGUGGAGCUGAUGUCCUCUGGAUUGAAGAGUCCACACUGCAGACUGGAAACUCUCAGGUUGAGUGGCUGUACGUUGUCAGAGAGAAGCUGUGGAGCUCUGUCCUCAGUUCUCAUCUCCCAGUCCUCUAGUCUGAGAGACCUGGACCUGAGUAACAACGACCUGCAGGAUUCAGGAGUGGAGCUGAUGUCUCCUGGACUGAAGAGUCCACACUGCAGACUGCAAACUCUCGGUCUCUCAGGCUGUAUGAUCUCAGAGGAAGGCUGUACUUCUCUGGCCUCAGCUCUGAGCUCCAACCCCUCCCAUCUGAGAGAGCUGGACCUGAGCUACAAUCAUCCAGGAGACUCAGGAGUGAAGCGGCUUUCUGCUUUACUGGAGGAUCCAAACUGCAGACUGGACACUCUCAGGGUGGACCAUGGUGGACCGCAGAGACUGAGACCUGGUCUAAUGAAGUAUGUCUGUGAACUGGAACUGGACACAAACACAGCACACAGAAGACUCAAACUGUCUGACAACAACAGGAAGGUGACACGUGUGGAGGAGGAUCAGUCAUAUCCUGAUCAUCCAGACAGAUUUGACCACUGGCCUCAGCUGCUGUGUAGAGAUGGUCUGACUGGUCGCGGUUACUGGGAGGUCGAAAGGAGAGAAGAGGUUUAUAUAUCAGUGAGUUACAGAGGAAUCAGAAGGAAAGGAAACAGUAGAGACUAUUGGUUUGGAUGUAAUGAUCAUUCUUGGAGACUGAACUGCUGUGAUAAACUUGGUUACUAUGUCUGGCACAAUAACAGAGAAACAGUCCUUACUUCCUGCUCUGUCUCUAACAGAGUAGCAGUGUAUGUGGACGUUCCUGCUGGCUCUCUGUCCUUCUACACAGUCUCCUCUGACUCACUGAUCCACCUCCACACCUUCAACACCACAUUCACUCAGUCUCUCUAUCCUGGUUUUGGGGUCGGGCCUGGUAGUUCCUCAGUGUCUCUGUGUCCUCUGCAGGACUGAGAGUCUCUCCUGUGGACAGAAACACUGACUGAAGACCAGCUGCUGAAAUCAAAGUUCAGUCUGUUCACCAUCACACACACUCUGCACUGUGAAGCAGAUCUGAGACUCAAACACAACAACAUUCAUCUGAUUUCAUCUCUGGUUAUCAACAUU